GGUUAAUCGUUACAUUGAGCUUGAGCAAUUUGAAAUAACAGUAGUUACAGGCGGCUCAUUUCUGCAUGUUGGGUCACCCCACUGUGUCGAAUGUCUGAAGCGGUUGCUGGGUUCUUACCAUAGGUUCUUACCGCCUGGCUGUAGUUUAAAUAUUAUAACCUAUCGAUAGUUAAUAUAUGUGCGUAAAGGACUUGUCUUGCAAUCGAUAAAAGAGAUAACAUGGUCUGACGUGAACACAAGAGCUGUGGAAGAUAUCGUCCAUUGAAAGGUUUUAUCCAAGGGCUGAGAGUUCCUGCUGAGGACAACGGAGCUAUGAGGGGCUUCUGAAAACCUCUUGAUCACAUGGACUCCUAUCCUGUGCUGACCAAAUGGUUUAAUCACAAGGACUAAAAAUGAGCAUAAGCAGUGAUGAAGUAAAUUUCCUGGUUUACAGAUACCUGCAAGAGUCAGGCUUCUCCCACUCAGCGUUCACCUUUGGCAUAGAGAGCCACAUCAGCCAGUCCAACAUCAAUGGAGCCCUGGUGCCCCCUGCUGCCCUCAUCUCCAUCCUUCAGAAGGGCCUGCAGUAUGUGGAGGCUGAAGUCAGCAUUAAUGAGGACGGGACCUUAUUUGACGGGCGGCCCAUCGAGUCCCUGUCUCUGAUCGACGCUGUGAUGCCAGAUGUCGUCCAAACCAGGCAGCAGGCCUACAGGGAAAAGCUGGCCCAGCAGCAGCAGCAGCAGCAGCAGCAGCAGCAGGCGGCAGGCAGUGACAGCGCUGCAGGGCCCCAGGGAGGCCCCAAGAACGGAGAGGGCACUGCCAACGGGGACGAGAAUGGAUCCCACGCCUUAGCCAAUCACCACGCAGAGAUGAUGGAGGUGGACAGGGAAGUGGAGAUCCCCCAGAAUAAAGCCAUGGUUCUCCGAGGCCACGAAUCCGAAGUCUUUAUCUGUGCCUGGAACCCUGUGAACGACCUCCUCGCCUCCGGGUCCGGGGACUCGACAGCGCGGAUCUGGAACCUGAGUGAGAACAGCACAGGCGGGUCCACCCAGCUGGUUCUGAGGCACUGCAUACGGGAAGGGGGCCAGGACGUACCCAGCAACAAAGACGUCACCUCACUAGACUGGAAUAGCGAGGGAACGUUGCUAGCAACAGGCUCAUACGACGGCUUUGCUAGAAUAUGGACAAAAGACGGUAACCUGGCGAGUACAUUGGGUCAGCAUAAAGGUCCUAUAUUUGCACUCAAGUGGAAUAAGAAAGGAAACUUCAUCCUCAGUGCUGGUGUAGACAAGACCACAAUUAUUUGGGACGCACAUACGGGAGAGGCCAAACAACAAUUUCCUUUCCACUCAGCACCGGCUCUGGACGUGGACUGGCAGAGCAACAACACGUUCGCCUCCUGCAGCACAGACAUGUGCAUCCAUGUGUGUAAGCUGGGUCAGGACAGACCGGUCAAGACCUUCCAGGGACACACGAACGAGGUGAACGCCAUCAAGUGGGAUCCCACUGGCAGCUUGCUGGCCUCCUGCUCAGACGACAUGACGCUUAAGAUCUGGAGUAUGAAGCAGGACACAUGUGUCCAUGACCUCCAGGCCCACAGUAAAGAGAUCUACACCAUCAAGUGGAGCCCCACUGGGCCCGGGACCAACAACCCCAGUGCCAACCUCAUGCUGGCCAGCGCAUCGUUUGACUCCACGGUGCGGCUGUGGGACGUGGAGCGGGGGGUGUGUAUCCACACUCUGACCCGCCACCAGGAGCCCGUCUACAGCGUGGCCUUCAGCCCAGACGGCCGGCACCUCGCCAGCGGCUCCUUCGACAAGUGUGUGCACAUCUGGAACACUCAGACGGGGGCUUUAGUGCACAGCUACCGGGGGACAGGAGGGAUCUUCGAGGUGUGCUGGAACGCCACAGGCGACAAAGUAGGAGCCAGCGCGUCAGAUGGAUCGGUUUGCGUGUUAGACCUGAGGAAAUGACACUCGUCAGGGGAGCCAUGGACCGACUACGAAUGUGUACAUAGCCAAAAUGACUGAGUGUCCCUGCCUGUCCGCCACACUGCUGUAGUCCCAUCUCACACCAUGGCCCGCCAUCACAUCACAGCCAAAUGGAGCCCCCCCCCCCCCAACAUAUGUACACACGAGGACCACACCUUGGACACCUGUGCCGCUCUCAGACGUCCAGCAAACAAACAUUUGUCUGUUUUGACAGACACAUCACUCACACGCCCAAACACUAGGACUCCUCUCGCUUUCAUCUUUUUAUCCUUUGUACCUGAACGAUUUUGGUUCCCUGUCGGCGUGUGCAUAUUGCAUAUGUCAGCAGAUGUGUCAUUGUUUUGAAUUUUACUGCUACCUGCGGGUUAAAUAUUACAUGUGGGGUGGGAGAGAAGAGGGGUAGGGCGGGGGUUUGAAAGGUAUUCAUCUUUUUACAGCCGGUGUUUAUUAAUAAGGUGUUCAUUUGGAGAUCCACUCAUCCACUUAUUGGCAACAAAUGCAGAUGUUUAGCUUAGAAAAGGAAAAUGUUUUUUAAUUCUGUGGACUAUUUUUUAUCCAAUCCAGUUUGUUUUUUUUAACAAAGUAUAAAGCAGUUAAUCAAAGGCUGAACCGUCCUUUGUUUUUGCAACCUCAGAAAUGGUUUUCAGGUGUUCACAACUCAUCAGGUUAAUAUAUAGAGCUCUAAAGAAUUCAAAACCUUUUAGGCUGAAAGAUAAUCUUUGUAACAACAUGUCACCAAACACCCAGGUAACGUGGCACAGGAAGAGCUUGCUUUCUGCCGUCGGUUCAGCUUCUGGGAUCUGUGAACUAUAUCUGCUCGAUGUGACGCCAACAACUAAUAGUUGCUUAUUUCCUCCAUUUUUGGCUUCUUGCUGACAUUGCUAAAUGAUAAUCAGACCAGGCCAAUGUAAUGUUUCCUUUGCUUGUUGGCAUCACUUUAACACAUCGAGCAGUGGUUUCCAGCAAGUACACACUACAGUCCCUGCCUUUGUUUGCCGUUGAUAACAAUUAACACACACACACACAAUCUACGCUGUGUUCCGGCCUAUGCAUGGACAGACAGCGCUUACUGUUUGUAGAGUUGGUGUCUUGAGGCAAGUCUGUGCUUGUUGUUAAAAAGCAGACUCGCAGCAUAUGAUCUGCAUAUAACAUAUAUAUAUAAAUAUAUAUCUGUGCUAUCACAUGGGACUCUUCUUGUAUGCCACUACGCUAAGGGUAGUUUUGAAGAUGCUUCAAAUACAGUGUGAUGUCACUGUGCAUCAGCAAGGGUCUUUACCCAAGGAAUGGUGUCUUCUUUUUAUGAAAUACCAUUAAACAGUCAUAGAACAUUUUAAAAAGAGCAGCCAUGUGAAGGGUGUUUUUUCUGCAAAUUUAGAAACCGGGAGGUGUGUUUAUUUAAGUCAUCGUAGACACAUCUAAUAAAAUGCUCUUAAAGGUGAAUUAGAAUUGCUGCAGAAAGUGUGCAUUGGGUAAUUAAGGCGUCCUAGGGGUUCAUCAUUUAGGCAGACUUUGUGGCAUUCCGGUUUUCAUCUCGCAGCCAUAACUAGCAGCUAACGGCUUGACAAACGUGCACGUAUCGUCGGACAUUUCAGAGGUUUUUUCAGAAUGUUAGUCGUUUUUUUUUAAACAGUACUGAAGACUAUUUUAAAGUUGGCUUUUACAGUCAGCUGUGAUUGGACUGUACGACAAAGACACUAUUUCAAAUGAUGUCUAUGACAGUGGAAUGGUAUUUUAUAAUGUUUUGUUUUUAGAUGAUAAGCUUUUUACACUGCAUUCAAGUGUGUUUGCUAUCUUUUGUUCCUACAAAAAAUACUAACUUUAACUCUAUCUUUGCUAUGUCGGAGAGCCCUUGAAGGUUUUGUACUCCUCAAAACUUUUGUAAUUCUGAUUUAUUUGUAGCUACGUACACAAAAUGAAAACAAAGAAAUAAUUCCGGAUUAAAUUGUCAAUGUAUUAUAACCUGGAACAUGUAAAUACAAACUUGCAGAUUUCUUUUUGUUGUGUUGUCUUUGCCCUCACUUAUGUUGUACUCUUUUCUCUCUCACUCACAUGGUUGCAGUCUGCAGCCUCUUGAUCUGACUGUUGUAAUAUCACUCAGAUUUCAAGGUCUAGAAUAAAAUCUAUUUUGAUAAUA